GCUGUGGCCUCACGGUUGAAUGGAAAGAGCAAAUCCCACUUACUCAUCAUAAACCACGCGCACACAGCAAGAGAGAGAGAGAGAGAGAGAGAGAGAGAGAGAGAGAGAGAAGGAUGCGGAUGAUACGUUUCCUACUUCCUUUCAUGCUCAGCUUUUUCACCAUCAAAGCUGCUGAAUUCACCCUCACCUUGAACAGCUUGAACGGCCAUUACUGCUUAAACUCAAGCACCUUCACCCCCAAUAGCACCUAUCACGCCAACCUCAAUCGCGUUCUCGAUGAUCUCGUCAGAGACGCGGGCGCCAACCCUGAUAACGGGUUCAACUUCACUUCAAGCAAAGCCAGCUCGAGCAACGCCGUCUACGGCAGCUUUAUGUGCAGAGGCGAUGUCUCCAAGAAAGAGUGUGCGAAUUGCGUCAGGAACGCGAGAAUUCGAAUAACCCAGCUAUGCCGGAUGACAAAAGUCUCCUUCCUGUGGUACGAUCAGUGCAUGUUGCGCUACUCCGACAUGAAUUUUACCAGGAAGGUCGAGCUGGAACCUCGGUUGUUUGGAUACAAUGAAGAGAACAUAGACCAGCCUGAUGAAUUCAUGAAGGUACUGAAUGUCACUACGGAUCACGCGGCUAGAGAGGCUGCUCGGCAUCCUCCUAGGAUGUAUGGCCAUGGUCACGCCAAGUUUAGUCAGGAGAAAACGUUGUACACGUUCGCACAGUGUGUGCCUUACCUUUCCAAUAACGAUUGUUCGGAGUGCCUUCGCAACGCCACAUCUAGCCUCUUAAGCCUCCAAGAGGGGAAAAUUGGAGGCCGAGUUUUGCUUCCUAGUUGCUUUGUCAGGUUUGAGAUUUACCCGUUUUACUGGAGCAGCUCAAAAGGGAAAGUGCACUUUAAGUGGAAAAUAUAUGCUGCAGUCCUUGCCGCAGCCACAGGAGUAGCGCUACUUUUUUACAUGAUAGUGUGGCAUAUACUACGAGGAAGAAAAAGAAUCCCAAGAAGGGAGAGCAAAAGUGGUAUAAAAGAAGAUCAGAUUGUUAGGAGGCAAAUUUCUGGACUCCAUUCCCUGCAAUUCGAUCUGCAAACGAUAGAAGCUGCCACAGAUAACUUCUCGAACAACAACAAGUUAGGGGAAGGAGGAUUUGGUCCGGUUUACAAGGGUACACUACCCAAUGGUCAAGAAAUUGCAGCAAAGCGUCUAUCUAGGAGCUCUGGACAAGGAGUCGAAGAAUUUAAGACCGAGGUUGAAUUAGUAGCCAAGCUUCAGCACAGAAACCUAGUGAGGCUACUGGGAUUCUCCAUGGAAAGAGAUGAAACAAUACUAGUCUAUGAAUACGUGCCCAAUGGGAGCCUUGAUCGCUUGCUAUUUGAUCCUGAGCUCAGUGGACAAUUGGAUUGGUCAACACGUUACAAGGUUAUGGUAGGGGUGGCGCGUGGAUUGCUAUACCUUCAUGAAGAUUCUCGGCUUCGAAUUAUUCAUCGUGAUCUCAAAGCCAGCAACAUUCUACUAGAUGCUGACAUGAACCCAAAAAUCUCAGAUUUUGGUUUGGCCCGAAUCUUCGGCAAUGAUCAGACUCAAGCAAGCACAAAUAGGAUUGUUGGAACAUAUGGCUACAUGUCUCCAGAGUAUCUGAUGUUUGGACACUUCUCAGUAAAAUCUGAUGUCUUCAGCUACGGUGUGCUAAUGCUAGAGAUUAUCACUGGCAAAAAGAACAGCCAAUUCUCCGCAUUAUACUGCGACGAGGGCCUACUAGGCUAUGUUUGGAAGCACUGGAGCAACAGAACGUCGUCGGAAAUAGCGGACCCAGUUUUGAGUAAUGCUUACUCAGUGAACGAAGUGAUCAGAUGCAUGCACAUUGGCUUGCUCUGUGUGCAAGACGACACGGAAGACCGACCUACCAUGGAUUCGGUCGUUCUCAUGUUAAACAGCGAGUCUAUUAACAUCCCGGUGCCUCAAAGACCUACAUUCUUCUUCUCAAGCAAGAAGAACAAACCGGCACCCUCUGUUCCGAACUCAGAUCUAUCCACCAGCAAAGUGGACCAGUCUAAUAAUAAGAUAACGUCGUCGUCAUCUGCAACUGAUAGUGGUUAUGCUGAGCCUGUUCCGCGGUAGGCAAGAUUCUUAGGCUAUCAUUUAGAUCCACCUAUUGUUUAGGAUAACUCGUGUGUGUACACUUCACUGUUGUAUGAGGAUUCAUCUUAUCUUCAUUGCCGUAUCUCUGGCUUAUUCUUUCUCGUAGGACCAGAACAGGAUGCCACAUGUGUAAACAACUCCAUUAGCUCAGACGAGUUUAGCCAUUAGAUUGGGAUUAGCAUUUAGGCUUUACAAUAUGGCACAUUGUGACAAGGACACUGGAGCUUUAAUAAGAACAUCACCUUUUCAUGCUUCAAA